UAGACUAAUAGUGUACAUUAUUAUUAUGCUCAACCCAUUUCAAACCUCCUUUUGUUUUCUCAUCCUCAAUUCCAGAGCUCCAAAGGAUAUUUUUCUCCUCUAUAUCUGGGUAAUCCACCGUCCUUGCCGCUCAAUUUUACUCUGUGAAUUGCAAAUCUGUGAGGUGAGGGUACCUUACAAUGGCUAUGGUAGAAGAACCGCUAUACCCAAUUGCUGUGUUAAUUGAUGAGCUGAAAAAUGAGGAUAUUCAGCUUCGUUUGAAUUCGAUUCGACGUCUCUCUACCAUUGCCCGAGCUCUGGGAGAGGAGCGUACCCGUAAGGAGUUGAUCCCUUUUUUGAGUGAUAAUAAUGAUGAUGACGAUGAGGUGCUUUUAGCUAUGGCUGAAGAGUUGGGUGCCUUUAUUCCUUAUGUUGGUGGUGUCGACCAUGCUACUGUUUUGCUUCCUCCAUUAGAGACAUUAUGCAGUGUUGAAGAAACUUGUGUAAGGGAUAAAGCGGUUGAGUCACUCUGCAGAAUUGGUUCCCAGAUGAAGGAAUCUGAUCUUGUCGAAAAUUUUAUUGUUAUGGUUAAGAGGUUGGCUGCUGGUGAGUGGUUCACUGCUCGUGUCUCUUCUUGUGGCUUGUUCUAUAUUGCUUAUCCCAGCGGUCCAGAGAACGUAAAAGCCGAGUUAAGAACAAUAUACAGCCAACUAUGUCAAGAUGACAUGCCCAUGGUGAGAAGAUCAGCAGCCAGCAAUCUGGGUAAAUUUGCAGCUACUGUUGAAGCUACCUAUUUGAAGACUGAUAUUAUGUCAAUGUUUGAAGAUCUGACACAUGAUGAUCAAGAUUCUGUUCGUCUAUUAGCUGUUGAGGGUUGUGCAGCCCUUGGAAAGCUUUUGGAACCACAAGAUUGCAUUGCGCAUAUUCUUCCUGUAAUAGUCAACUUUUCCCAGGAUAAGUCAUGGCGUGUACGUUAUAUGGUCGCCAAUCAACUAUAUGAGCUGUGUGAAGCAGUUGGUCCAGAACCUACGAGGUCGGAUUUAGUGCCAGCGUAUGUUCGGUUGCUUCGUGACAAUGAAGCUGAAGUACGUAUAGCAGCUGCCGGAAAAGUGACCAAAUUUUGCCGAAUCUUAAAUCCCGAACUUGCAGUUCAGCAUAUCCUUCCUUGUGUCAAGGAAUUGUCAUCUGAUUCUUCUCAGCACGUUCGUUCUGCCCUGGCUUCAGUUAUAAUGGGAAUGGCUCCAAUUCUGGGAAAGGAUGCUACAAUUGAGCAACUUCUUCCCAUCUUUCUCUCUCUUCUGAAAGAUGAAUUUCCUGACGUUCGUUUGAACAUUAUCAGCAAGCUUGAUCAAGUAAACCAGGUCAUUGGCAUAGAUUUGUUAUCGCAGUCAUUACUUCCUGCUAUUGUUGAACUUGCUGAAGAUAGGCAUUGGAGAGUUCGAUUGGCCAUUAUUGAAUACAUACCCUUGUUGGCCAGUCAAUUAGGUGUUGGGUUCUUUGAUGACAAGCUUGGUGCUCUUUGCAUGCAGUGGUUGAAUGACAAGGUUUAUUCAAUUCGCGAAGCAGCUGCAAAUAAUGUGAAGCGCCUGGCUGAAGAAUUUGGUCCAGAAUGGGCAAUGCAACACAUAAUCCCACAGGUUCUGGACAUGGCUACUAACCCACAUUAUCUGUAUCGAAUGACCAUCAUACAAUCAAUAUCCCUGCUUGGCCCUGUCAUGGGUGCUGAUAUCACAUGUUCCCAAUUGUUACCAGUGGUUGUAAAUGCGUCAAAGGACAGAGUACCGAACAUAAAGUUUAAUGUUGCAAAAGUGCUGCAGUCACUUAUUCCUAUUGUUGAUCCGUCGGUGGUUGAGAAGACGAUAAGGCCUUGCUUGAUAGAGCUGAGCGAAGAUCCGGAUGUCGAUGUGAGGUUUUAUGCUACACAAGCACUCAAGUUAACAGAUCAGGCUGCUAUGUCCACCUAAUUUUUAUUUUUGUAUCAUUUUUUGAAAUCAAGGUGUGUAGCUAGGGCUAGCCAUUCUUUUUUGUUUUUCCAAUUAAAUUUCUUUUAACCUGUGUUUCUAUGUUAUGGUGUUUGGCUGCCUCUUUAUCCUACUAAACUCGAGAGGCGUCCUUCUGUUGUAUUUUCUUUGUAAUUUCAUUUCGGACUAACUAGCUGGAGAUAGUUCGUUGUAGCCGAGGCUCGGAUCAAUUUAGUUGGUUUAAUUUUAUUCUAUUCGACAUAAUAUAUGUCGUAUUUUAAGUUCUUAUUGAAGAACAUGAAAAAUAUUAGCUAGUUUGAGCACUAUAAAUGGAAGGAAUCUAUCUUCUCAA